AUGGCUGACGCGGAGCUGGAAGAGAUCAGACGGGCCCGUCUCGCACAACUCCAGCAACAACAAGGUGGCGCUCGAGGAGCUGGUGGGGAGAAUCAGGAUGAACAAAGAAGACAAGCUGAAGCUGAACGUCGCUCCGCUAUCCUGAACCAAAUUCUUGAACCCGAAGCUGCCGAUCGGCUGGGACGAAUCCGUCUUGUUAAAGAAUCGCGCGCCAUCGAUGUCGAGAACAGGCUCAUCAUGCUUGCCCAGACAGGACAAAUCCGCCAGAAGGUCACCGAAGAACAACUCAAAGAGUUAUUGAACGCCAUUGCGGAAAGUCAACGGAAGGAGGAGGAGGAACAGAAGAUCGUUAUCUCUCGGCGCAAAGGCGGCUGGGACGACGACGAUGAUCUGCUGGAUUUAUAA